CUGGUUGUGCGAUCCCGUGUUGUAACGCGACAAGAGAGCUUGGUGCAUUCGAAUCGAAGAGAGUGUCGCGUUCUAGCUCGUUUCCGCGAACGAAAAAGAGAGAAAAAGCCAUUAAAAUCCGUUUUUCUCUAUGCUUCCGUCCCCGUGAUCGUUAAAUCGCUCGGUCGAAACGUCGCAAAGUUUUGUUCGGGGGUGGAUCACGAAAGUUGAGUUUUUUGUGUGUGUUUCUUUUACAUUAGUUUUUGACGAGUGUGUGAACGAGAUUCCCGAACGAGAGAGUCUCGUUCGGAAUCUUCCUACGGUGCGAGUGUGCGACGGGUGUCAAAUGUUAUUAAGUGAGUUUCUCCUCCGGGCUUAUGUGAAUCCCCUGGAAAACGUACACGACAUUUUUUUAAGCCACACUCUAGUUUUUGUGCCUAAACGUCGCGUAUCGGGUUUCAGUCCGGUUUUGGGAUGCUGAGAAAAUGGGCACGGAGGGAAAUCUAGAAGGAAUCGAGUGAAGCAGCGGCGUCGCGGGAAAGUCGAUGAUAUUUUGAAGCCCUCCGAUCGCACUCGCGGCUCUGCUCGGUGUCUAAUUGCGAAAGGAAAACACUGGUGGAAGACCUAAUCGAAAAUGGCCUCGACGAGCGGACACAAGCGAAACAACUCGAGCUCGAGCAUGCUCAAUCACAAAAUAAACGAGCCCCUCGGACUCGCGGCCACCGGCGCUCUCAUCCCGGGCCACAAACGAUCCGAAAGCGGUCACAAACGGACCGAAAGCAUAUCCAGUGCCUUUGGUCAUAAACGAAGCGAAAGCGGACACAAAAGAAACGGAAGCGGCGGCAUCGGCAUCGGCUCCGGAGCCGGAUUCGGACACCGAAGAUCAGAGUCGGCGAGCAAUUAUCACACGGGGCACAGGAGGAACGAGAGCAUGUACGCGAUGACUGGGCUGUACGCGGAGAGCACCGGAGCUGCAGCGACCGGGGAGAAGGCCGAUCCCCUGCAAUCGAGCGAAAGACUCACCCACGACGCGGUUAUAAGGUGUCACAGCAGAAAUCCGAGCUCCGGUCUGGUCGAUCACAGAGAUUUCAUCAUCAAAUGUCACAGCAGGAAUCCCAGUGCUUCGAUGGUCGACAGAACGGAGAAGGAGAGAGCCCAGACGCCACCGAUCAAUCCGGAUUCCAAGGACUGCGGUAUAUUAAGCUGCAGACCAGCCUUCGUACAGAGAUUCGCUGGCAUCAAGGUUUUUGUGUUUCUUCUAUCGUUCCUAGUUACCGUACAACAAGCGCUCAGUUCCGGUUACAUUAAUUCUGUGAUAACGACGAUUGAAAAAAGAUUCGAAAUACCUUCGAGUCUCUCCGGGCUGAUCGCGAGCUCCUACGAAAUUGGCAACGUCAUUACCGUCAUUUUUGUCAGUUAUCUUGGCAGCAGAAGACACAUUCCCGUCUGGAUCGCUAUCGGAGCCGUGAUAAUGGGUUUAGGAUCGAUGAUUUUUAUGGUGCCGCAUUUUACAGCUGAACAAAAUUUGACGACGUCGUCGAACAAUUCGAGCGGCGACAACAUUUGUCGGGGUGUUUCGUUGCGCGAACAGGACAUGGGACUGGGUCGUCUCUCUUCUGGACUCUCCUCCCCGCCUCUCGCGCCCCACAACAAUCUCCGGGGCGACAAUUGCAUCCAAGGAUCGCCCUCGACCACGGGUCCGGUUAUGCUUUUCGUACUUGCUCAACUUUUACUCGGUUGCGGUGGUUCUCCGCUGUUCACACUUGGCACGACUUACAUCGACGAUCACGUUCGCCCCGAAAGCGCUUCUCUUUAUAUCGGGUGCAUGUACAGCAUGGCUGCGUUCGGCCCAGUCCUUGGAUUCCUCUUGGGAGCUUAUCUGCUUUCGUUUCACAUGGAUUCCUUUUCAUCUUCGAUCAUAAGUAUCGAUCCCGGCGAUCAUCGGUGGGUCGGAAUGUGGUGGGGGGGCUUCCUCUUGUGCGGUUUGCUACUGAUCCUCGUCGCAAUUCCAUUCUUCAGUUUUCCAAAAACUCUACAACGCGAAAAAGAGAAAAUCAAAAUAAUCGAAAAGAGCAAGCCCCAGCCAAUUGCAUCCAAGGACAAGGAUCAGAGCAAGGAUCCCAAGAAGCAGGAAGCAGAAAAGAACAACGAUAGUGGUUACGGAAAAGAUAUAAAAGACAUACCACGCGACAUGUGGCGCUUGGUGUGCAAUCCAGUCUACGUCGUAACGUGUUUGGGCGCUUGCAUGGAGUUGGUCAUAGUAUCAGGUUUCGUGGUAUUUUUGCCAAAAUACUUGGAGACUCAAUUCAGUCUCGGGAAGAGCCAAGCGAGCAUAUUUACGGGUUCGAUCGCGAUCCCGGGGGCCUGCAUAGGAAUAUUUUUCGGUGGUUGUUUGCUCAAGCGUUUGGAGCUCAGGCCGAAAGGAGCGGUCCAAUUUGUCCUCGUUUCCAACAUCAUUUGUCUCACUUGCUACGGACUUUUGUUCUUCCUCGGAUGCGACAACGUCAAAAUGGCCGGGACGACGAUUCCCUACUUCAACAGCAGCGGCCCCGGGGUCGGAAAUCUCGCGGCCACAGCCGCCAAGGGCACCGAACCUUUUCAAGUCAAUCUCACUGCCGCCUGCAACUUUGGAUGCGAAUGUCGAAUGAACGACGUCGAGCCUGUUUGUGGCAACAACGGCCUUACUUACUUCAGCCCCUGCCACGCCGGGUGCACCGCCUUCAGCUCCAAGUCCAACUUCACCAAUUGCGCCUGUAUUCAUGGAAAUCUUACGAUGCUGCCACGAGCAGCGUCCGAAUUCGCCGAAGUGACGGUUGUCCCGGUCGCGACCGCCGGGCCUUGCAUUUCACCUUGUCGAACGAUAUUUCCCUUCCUCAUACUUUUAUUUUUCAUGACCUUCAUCGUCGCAGUUACGCAAAUGCCUUUGCUGAUGAUAGUUUUACGCUCCGUUUCCGAAGAAGAAAGAUCCUUUGCCCUCGGCAUGCAAUUCGUUAUAUUCAGACUCUUCGGAUACAUACCAGCUCCGAUCCUCUUCGGUAAUCUUAUCGACUCUACUUGCUUGCUGUGGAAAAGCGCGUGCGGCGAAAAAGGCGGUCGUUGUCUGCUUUAUGACAUUGAACAAUUCAGAUACAGAUACGUGGGGCUUUGCGCUGGCAUUAAAAUCCUCGCAUUGGCUCUGUUCCUCGUCGAUUGGUGGCUCGUGAGGAGGCGAAAGCAAAUGGAUGAAAUGCCGGUUCAGUUAACGGUCAACGAAUUGGUUGGCUCGAUCAUCAGUCUCGACAAACUUUUCGAAGAGCGAACAACGCCUCACGAAGCGGACAACGCGACGACGCCAAGCUCAGCAUUCCAAACUCCAUCGUCAAUAAUAUCAUCGCCGACAGAGCCAACGAAAUCUACGAAUCUCGGGGAAAUUGAAUCGCUUCAAAGGACUCAAGACACGACGACGAUAGAGUCCAAAUCCAAUCCGGAAAUAUCAGACACGAGGCAACCUUCUGAAGGAAAUGACCUCGAUCCGAGCGUCGACGUAAGACCAAAACGACCCAACGAUCAAUCCCACAAUUAUGAUCGCGAUAUUGCGACUUAAUUUACCAAAAAAAAAUAACUAAAAUAAUGACGCCUCGAAUAUCAGUUCAAUAUUUCGACUUUAAACGAUAAACGAUCUGCGAAUCUCACGUUGGGAUAAAAUUUCGCGAAACUUCAUCAAUUUUAUCAAAAUACAGUUGGAUUCAUCCUUUUUUCAAUACUAUUCUCUUUCAUUUUUUUCUUUUCCUCUCGACCAAGAAUGUUUUACACGUGAAAAGACUUGAAGAAAUUUCUAAAUCGCAGUUUUUUCUCAUAACCUUUGCCACACUCGGUGUUUUAUAUUUUCAUUAUUACAAAUUUUAAAAUUCUCGUACUAUUUUCAUGGGAUUUUUCAAUAUUGGAAAAUCGUCGUAUUUUCCAGCCUAAUAAGUUUUUUUUAACAUUUUUUCUAUAAUCCUUUUGUUUCAACGAAUAUUCGCUUCUCAAAGAAACAAAAAAUUUCGUUACUGUGUCGUGCAUUAUUUGGCGUUUUAUUUGAAAUAGUUGAAAAUUUUUAAGAACUUUUUCAACUUUUCAAGUUUAUAUUCUCAUCGGAAUGAAAAAAAAUCCAUUUUUUUUUUUAUCACUUUUCUGAAAAAUCAUGCGACAACGGUGUGUCCAUGAAAAAAUACAUUUUUGGAAUGAGAAUUCCAUUAAUUCGAGGGCCGGUUCGAUAUUCUCAGAAUUCAUUGAAACAGAUAGCAAAGAGUGAAAAUUUCGAAAAACUGAAUAAUCCCAUUGGACGAAUAAGCGUGCAAGUGUGAAACAUUCUUCAGGCCGAAUUUAACGAAACGACAAUGAUUCAGGGUGAUUUUUACCAGCCGAGUUUCGAUUGUAAAUAAUAAAAAAUUGAGAGAAAACGAAGAAAAUAGAAAGAGAAAAAAGGACGAGAGAUAAAAUCACAUAAAAAAUGAAAAGAAAUAAGAAAUUCCUGCCUUAAGAAACAUAAGACUAGAAACUCGAAGAUAAAAUAAGUAAUUAAUCAAUAUUGUAAAUAUUUGUCGUUUCGAUUGAGAACGGGCAAACUAUUUAUUGCCGAUCGAUCGUCAGGCAAAUAUCGUGUCGAACGUCGUCGUCGUCGUCGUCGUCGUCAACUAUUGUUACGGAAGAUUUCAAUUUUUUUUUUCUCUUCUUUCGUUGGAGAUUUAGGUCACGAGAGGGUCGCGCAUUAACCUCGUUGACAAUUUUAGCAGUCAAUAAAUAGGAUAGUUGUAGAAAAAUAGUUGAGAAUUUUAAGUUUAAAGGAAAAACGAAAAUUUUCUCGUUUCGGGGGAAACACACUCACCGCGAGAAUGAGAAAAAAAUGUGGCACCGUUCCCGGUCAUUUUUAUUAAUUAUUUUAAUUGCAUUUUAGAGAGCUCUAAAAUUGAAAGCUGACGAGAUCCUCAUGGGACAGGCGAAAAAAAAUCAAUUUUACGAGAGAAUAAUUUCGAUUUUGAUACUGAAAUUCUGAGAAAGUAACUUUAUUUCGAGUUUUCCCUUGAAAAUUUUUGAGAAAUUGAAUUUUAGUGGUUUUAAAAAGUUAAAUUUUAGCAGCAUUGAAUAUUGUGCUCGAUGAAAAAUUGACUGGAGGCAAAAUCGAUGGAUUUUUUUCAAAUUUUACACCGUGGAAAAUAUUCCCCCGAACAAUGAAUUUGUAGAUUGACGAUAGAAUUUUAGUUUUUCCUUAAAAAUAGAACGGGCAAAUAGUCAAUAUUGAAAGGAGGAGGGUCUCGAUUGAGAGGAGAUUUUAUUCCGAAAGGAGAAAAAGAAGAAAAGAAGAGAAAAGGAAAAGAAAGCAAAUUGUAAAGCGUACCUGAAAAGCCCCUCUCUCGAUUCGAAAUAACGAACGUGAAAAUCACAAUUUUUAACAGGAAAGGGGGUGCUGCGAACGAGAGGGGAAAAAAGGGAAAACAGAAAGAUUUAAAGAAAAAUAUAUUUAAAAGGAAAUACUCAGGAACGAAAAAGCACACAAAAGUUAAGAAAUAAUAAGGUAGAGUAGAAAUUUCACGAAUCAACGUCGCCGAAUCAUUUUUUAAUCAUUUUUUUCUGUCUUGUUUUUUUCUCCUCUUUUCUUUCACCUUUUUUCGUUCUUUCAUCGUCCUCGAUCAAUUGAUCUUCCUUGGGAUUAUCUUUUCCACUAAACUCGUUGAUAAUCCUUAAAUUUGAAAGUAUGUGCUGGGGGUUGCGCAUAAUUUCAAACGCCCUUUUUUUCAAUCAAUUGUGUUUGUCGUCAAGCUUCUGUCAAAUUCGAGACUAAUUCAUCCAAAUUUACGGUUAUUUUUAUCAUUCUAUAUGAAUUAAUUGAAUUUUUUUGCUACUUUUAUAUUUUAAGUCAUUUUUCAAACAUGCUGGAUGCAGAAAAAUUAUGGAUUCGAAUUUGGGGAACAAUCUUUUUCCCCCGUCGAACAAAAAAAUUUUGUUCCUUUUGAAAAAGGAGGGGGGGGGGGUUUUUUAUCUUUUUUUCCCAUUAUGUCCAUGAAAAAGUAUGUACGUAUUUUUUGUUCGUUAAGGGACGUACUUAAUUGUGAUAUGAAUGCGAUAGAGGAUGAAAAA